AUGGCGCGGACAGCGGGCAGGGAGCUAGCCCUGGCGCCGCUGCAGGACUGGGGCCAGGAGAUCGAGGACGGCGCGGUGUACAGUGUCUCCCUGCGGCGGCAGCGCAGCCAGCGCUGGAGCCCGGGGGAAGGGCCCGGGGGCAGCCAGGCCCCCGGCCCCGCGCCCGACGCCUUCCUCCAUUACCGCACCAGCAAGGUGCGGGCGCUGAGGGCGGCGCGGCUGGAGCGGCUGGUGCGCGAGCUGGUGUCCGGAGACCGCGAGCAGGACCCGGGCUUCGUGCCUGCCUUCCUGGCCACCCACCGGGCCUUUGUGCCCACCGCCCGCGUGCUGGGCCUUCUCCUGCCACCGCCGCCGCCGCCCCUGCCGCCGGGGGUAGUGAUAAAGAAGACAGAAGAACGAGAUCUGAGCUUCAACCAGAACCUGAGGGCUGUGGUGUCGGUGCUGGGCUCCUGGCUGCGGGACCACCCUCAGGAUUUCCGGGACCCCCCUGCCCACUCGGACCUAGGCAGUGUCCGCACCUUUCUGGGCUGGGCGGCCCCGCUGGGCGCCGAGGCCCGGGAGGCUGAGAAGCUGCUAGGAGAGUUCCUGAAGGAGGCUGAGCAUGCGCAGGAAGAACAGGAGCAGCCCCAGGCGUGGGCAGGACCUCCCGGAGCUGCCCGGACCCCCUGCCCAGACUCCCUGGAAGGCUGCUUGGAAGAGGAGGAGGGACUGGUGCCGGAAGGCCCCGAGCUCCUGGACUUCGGUGUAGACGAGGUGGCCGAGCAGCUGACCCUGAUGGACGUGGAGCUCUUCUCGCGCGUGCGGCCCUGCGAGUGCCUGGGCUCCGUGUGGUCGCAGCGGGACCGGCCGGGGGCCGCGGGCACCGCCACCACCGUGCGCGCCACUGUGACCCAGUUCAACGCGGUGACCGGCUGCGUGCUGGGCUCCGUGCUGGGGGCGCCGGGCCUGGCCGCCCCGCAGAGGGCGCAGCGGCUGGAGAAGUGGAUCCGCAUCGCCCAGCGCUGCCGGGAGCUGCGGAAUUUCUCCUCCCUGCGCGCCGUCCUGUCUGCUCUGCAGUCGAACCCCAUCUACCGGCUCAAGCGCAGCUGGGGCGCCGUGAGCCGGGAACCCUUAUCCACUUUCAGGAAACUUUCCCAGAUUUUCUCCGAUGAGAACAACCACCUGAGCUGCAGAGAGAUUCUCUCCCAGGAGGAGGCCACUGAGGGACCCCAGGAGGAGGACAAGCCCCCAGGAAGCCUGCCCUCAAAGCUGCCCCCAGGCCCUGUCCCCUACCUUGGCACCUUUCUCACGGACCUGGUUAUGCUGGACACAGCCUUGCCGGACAUGCUGGAGGGGGAUCUCAUCAACUUUGAGAAGAGGAGGAAGGAGUGGGAGAUCCUGGCCCGCAUCCAGCAGCUGCAGAGGCGCUGUCGCAGCUACCGCCUGAGCCCCCACCCGCCCAUCCUGGGCGCCCUGCGCGCCCAGCAGCAGCUCAGCGAGGAGCAGAGCUACCGUAUCUCCCGUGUCAUUGAGCCGCCGGCCGCCUCCUGCCCCAGCUCCCCACGCAUCCGGCGGCGAAUCAGCCUCACCAAGCGUCUCAGUGCGAAGCUGUCCCGAGAGAAAUGCUCGUCCCCUGGCGAGAGUCCCGGGGACCCCUCAUCCCCCGCCUCCAGUCUGUCCGCGGGGUCCCCCCCGUCCAGUCCUGGAACCAAGGACCCUCCUCCUGGCAGCCCCCCGGCCUCUCCAGGCCCGCAGGGUCCCAGCACCAAGCUGCCCCUGAGCCUGGACCCGCCAGGCCCCCGGCCCCUGGCCUUGCCCCUGAGUGGCCCUCGCGUCCCCCCCCCGGGGCAGCAGGGCUCGGAGGCCCGCGUCAUCCGUGUCAGCAUCGACAACGACCACGGGAACGUGUAUCGCAGCAUCUUGCUCACUAGUCAGGACAAGGCCCCCAGCGUGGUGCAGCGAGCCUUGCAGAAGCACAAUGUGGCCCAGCCCUGGGCCCGCGACUACCAGCUCUUCCAAGUCCUUCCUGGGGACAGGGAGCUCCUGAUUCCAGAGAACGCCAAUGUCUUCUAUGCCAUGAGUCCAGCCGUCCCCGGAGACUUCGUGCUGCGGCGGAAGGAGGGGGCCCCGCCCACACCCUCAGUCUCCCCGACCUGAGGUGGCCUGCUCCUCCCUCCGGGAUGCAGACCCCACUGGCAGCUUGGGGCCUGGCCCCGGAUAGCUUCCAUUCCCCAGUAGAGCCCAUCGUGCUCCAUACCCGGUGACCCCUCCCCCCUACUUGAUUGGACCCCAUCCCUCUGACCCUCCUGGCACCAGACCCCUGUUCCAAAGACAU